AUGGAUCAAUUUUUCAGACUCCAAUUCCAAACUCCAAGAAAAGCACACCCAAAAGUCAAGUUUACAGUCGAAGAUGAUGCCAAACUCAAAUCCCUCGUCGAAACAUACGGUGAAACCGACUGGAACCUUAUUUCUCAAAAAAUGGAAACAAGAAAUCCUCGCCAAUGCCGCGAAAGAUGGGAAAACUAUCUUUCACCAAAAGUAAACCAUUCACCAUUUACUCCUGCUGAAGACAUUCAACUUUUGACGUUAUAUGAAGAACUCGGAGCGAAGUGGGUUCAGAUAUCCAAGCGCUUCAACAACAGAACUGAUAUUAGCGUUAAGAGCAGAUGGAUGGUAUUAAAGCGCAGAAAUAUAACAAAAGAAUCUUUACUCAGCCAAACAGCUCAAAGUGCACAGGAGAUUGAAGAUAAAGACCUCCAAGAAAGAAGUAAUAACGUUGAUAAGAUUAUCAAGCGCUUAGCUAAUAUAGCAGAGUAUUCUGACGACGAUUGGCUUCUGUUCGAACCAAAUGCCGUCUGCUUUUAA